AUGUCCGUUAUUCCGGUGCGUAGUUUGCUCGAUUCGCAGCACGUGCUGUUUUGCAUUUCAUCCAUCUUGGGCGUCAUUCCGUACUCGCUGUGGGCUUUCGCGAAGCGCACUGUGCUGCAGCUUUCGAUCCUGGGCAAUGUGUGGGUAGUGGGCAGCUUGAUUGUGUACACCGUGAUGUACCAUCUUGCCACCACCAAUUACGUGAAGGACGACUGGGGCACACAGAAAACACUCACAAAUGCGAUCGGUAUCUUCAUCAUCUACAUGGAACCGUUGAUGAUGGCCACGGAUAUGGUGGCUGGAAUGAUUAACCAAAAGCAGCUGAUGCACUGCUUCGAUCGUAUUACGCGCAUCGACAACCAUCUUGCCACCGAAGGCAUCCUGCUGAACAACCUGCGGCUGCGACGCUCGACCAUCAUUCUGCUGCUGUUGGUGCUGCUCUUCGAAGCGGUCAUCACGGUGUACAGCUUCGUGGUGUUUGAAGAGGAGUUUACCUUCUGGUCGUUGAUAUGGUUCAUCACGUCCAUACCGACCGCCGUGAACUCGGUGUGCCGCAUCUGGUACGUGAUGCUGGUGUUGGCCAUUCGGCAGCGCUUUAACGCGAUGAAUGCACACAUGAACGCGAUUGCACACGGUUUGCUCAACUACAAGGAUCAGUUCGUUGGUGAGCAGGAUGCGGACAUUGCCGAGAUUCCGCUAGACUAUCUGGAGAAGGAAAUCUUCACCGUGUACACGCAGCGUCGUAAGCAGCUGGCCGCCACCCCACCGAAGCAUCCAAUCACAAAAGUAAUCGCCGUAAAGCCGUACCAACCCAAGCAACCGGUAAGCUCACCGACAAAGUCGAUCGAACUGCCGACGCAUCGCAACAGUGCCACCCAACCGUGGUCGGAUAUGGAGGGACUCGGCCCUGCCCGCCAGUAUCUACCGGGUGACCUAAGGCUGCGCGUUAAAAUCGAGCAACGGUUGGACAACAAGCUGAUACUGAUCUGUAGGACGCACGACGAGCUGUGCGAGGUUGGCAAGAUCGUCAAUCGCAUGUACAGCGUGCAGAUGCUGGUCGCGAUGGCCCAUGGGUUUGUGGCGAUAACGGCCGAGUUUUACUUUCUGUACUGCAGCCUGACGGAGCAGGAGGUGCCGAUACUGUUUCGCUCGGCGGAGGUGUUUAUACUAGCGCUGACGUACAUCUCCUACACGGCGCUCAAGUGUGUCGUACCGAUCUUUGUGUGCUGGAAGACGAAAACGGACUCGCAGCGUACCGGCAUCGAGAUGCACUAUCUGGCAAAUGUGGUCGACGAGUGUCACUGUUACGAGGUGGUUAACCAUCUUUCGCUGAAACUGCUCAACCACCAUCUGAACUUUAGUGCAUGUGGGUUUUUUGACCUCGACAUGACAACGCUGUAUGCGAUCACGGGUGCGAUAACGAGCUAUCUCAUCAUUUUGAUUCAAUUCAAUCUGGCUGCGAUACAGAAAUCCAACAGCAAUUCUACGGUCGCUUCAAACGCCAGCACCACCACAGCCGUGUCGGUUAUUGACACCCUGGUCACCACCGCCUUGUCAACGUACGUUUCGAACUAA